AUGUACCCAGAAAAUGAGGUUGAGCGAUUAAUACUACUUGUUGGGGAAAAAAUUAACAAAAGUGCAGAACAGCUAAAGCCAUUCAUUAAACUUAUCGUAGAAGAGAAUUGGAUUGACUCCUUAGAGAGCUUAAAAAAUCUAAGUGAUGAUGAAUGGAAUAGGUUAAGACUACCUAUACGACUGGUAGAUGAAAUUAAAAGAGAAUUAGGACUUGUAAAGGGAGAAGAUAAAAAGAAAGAAAAUGAUGAAUUAAGUGAAUCAAAUUCUCCAAGUAGAAAUAAAAAUAAAAAGAAUGAUACAUUGAUUAUAAAUAAAAAAAUGAAGAAAGAAGUAAAGGACGACGUUAAAUAUAGGCAUGGUCAAAGGGAAGAUAGCGAAAAGAGCAACAAUAACUUUAGAAAACAUGGCAUUUCAAUUAAUAGCAAUUUUGAGCAAAGGAUUCACACUUCAAAUCUAUGUCAUAAUAAAAAGGUUGAGAGAAAAUGUGCCGAUAUGUCUAAAUUGGAAAACAAGAGUACACUAAACCACUCUGUCAUAAAAUGUAAUAUGGAAAAAUUAGAAUACUUAAUUAAAAAUGAUGUAAAAGAUAUUCAGAAAGAAGAUGUUUUUUAUUUGUCAUAUGAGAAUGACAAUUCUGGUUGCAUUAGUUAUUCAGAAGAAAAAGUCAGAACAAUUAAUAGUAUUAAUGAAACUGAAAAAUUAAAAAUAAUUGAUAUUAACGAUUUAAAAAGCAUAAUUCCAAUUUUGUGUAAAAUAGUAAAAAAUAUUUUAAUAAAUCCAAAUAUAAUAAACACAAGAAUUUUGAAGUCAACAAAUGAUAUUAUGAAAAAUAAAAUAUUAAAAUAUAAAGAGACAAAAAUUUUUUUAUUAUCCAUUGGUUUUGUUCAAAUGCAUACUUUUUAUGUAAUGGAAAGAGUUGAUACAUUACUAUUGCUGUGUGUUUAUGAAAGUUUGCAAAAUGUAAUUAAGGAUACUAUAAAAAUUAGUAGUCCCCUCAAAGCAACCUUCGAUCCUUUUAAAUCUAACAUAAUUUGCGUGGAUAAUUUAAAAAAGGGGGAGCUAAAAAGCGAUGAGCAGAUAGAUAAGCUACUAAAAAAUAAAAAGGAGCAAGUAGAAAAAUUAAUGAAUCAGUCGGUUGAAUUAAACCCCAAAAUAUACUUAUAUAAUAAAAGUUCAAACAUAAAUGCAAUCGAACGUUCGAAUGGAAAUAAUGAAGCAAAUGAAGGGGGAAAUGAUACGACAAAUACACGUGCACAUGCGGCUGAAAAUAAAGGUGAACAUAUAGUUACAAACAAAAUUUUUAAUUCUUACGAUUCCGAUGAAGAUGAGAGUACAGGAGAUCUAACGCAUCUUAUACCAAAUAUUAAAAAUUUAUAUAAAGAACAAACGUUUAAGUCUAAGACUAAAUUAGAACUGGAAAAAAUAUCCAGCAGAAAAAUGUAUUACAAAUCCGUUUUAAAAAUAUUGUUCCCGGAUUCGUAUGUACUGGAAAUGUCCUUUUCCGCCGGAACCUUAAUAAAAGAAGUGAAUGCAAAUAUAAAAAAGUUUUUAAACAAUUCAGUCGCAUCAAGAGAAUGGUACAUAUAUGAAACACCAGGAAUAUGUAAAUUUGAUCCCCACAAAAAACUGUCCGAUUACAAUCUGAUUCCUCACGCCCUUUUGAGAUUUAAAGUAGAUGACAAAUGCAUCUGUUCUGGUGAUAGUUCUUUCUUAUCUGAAGAAGCCAUUGCAAAGUAUUUUUUUAAAUCAUAA